GCUCCUAAGGAGCUCGUGACAAACGCCGUGGAAGUGGCCCUCAGUGUUGGGUAUCGGCAUAUCGAUGGUGCCAGACUCUAUGCCAAUGAAAAGGAGGUUGGGGCUGCAAUUGCGGCAUCGAUGAAGAAGCUGAACUUAAAACGUGAAGACGUAUUUGUGACUUCAAAGCUUUGGUGUGAUAAGCACGCGCCUGAGGAUGUGCGCAAAGCGUGCGAAGUGUCGAUAAGUGAUCUUGGUGUGGGAUAUUUGGAUCUGUACUUGAUACACCGUCCCGAGUCGUUUAAAGUCAAAGAAGGUGUUGCAUUCAACAAUGCUGACCCGAGCACAGUCGUGUUUGAAUACCACAAGAUUGAGGAUACGUGGAGGGCAAUGGAGGAGUUGGUGUCAGCAGGAUUAGUCAAAUCGAUUGGUGUUUCAAAUUUUAACAAAAGACAGAUGGAGCGUAUUUUAGCAUCGUGCACAAUCGUGCCGGCAGUGAAUCAGGUGGAGGUCAAUGUUCACUGGCUGAAUACGGAGCUGAUCGAGUUUUGUCACUCGAGGAACAUAGUGGUUGAGGGGUAUGCACCCCUCGGGUCUACUGGUUUUGUGAAAGGUCAGGUGAAGCCGGUGCUGGAGGAGGAGAGUGUUGUGGCGAUUGCGCGCAAACACAAUAAGACACCUGCACAGGUGUUACUGCGACACGGACUGCAGCGGGGUAUUGUUGUCCUCGUGAAAAGUGUCACUCCGGAACGCAUAAAGUCGAAUUUUGAUGUGUUUGAUUUCGAGCUAACGGAUGGGGAGAUGGCGAAACUCAAUAGCAUCGGUGUCAACAAACGCGUUUUUCGUGCAUUAGCCCUCACCAAGCACCCGGAGUACGCGUUCAAAGAUGGUUGCUGA